UGCAGGAUGACGGAAGAAGCAUGCCGGACACGGAGCCAGAAACGAGCCCUUGACCCGGACCCAGGAGAGGAUGAUGUGGAGAGCAAAAAAAUAAAGAUGGAGAGAGGACUGUCAGCAUCAGAGGUGAACAUGGAUGGAGAUUCGAGGGUGACUCCAGAGCCAGGGGCCAGCCCCGCCCCAGGACUGAUGAGGGCAGCAGAGGACACGGCUGUAGGAAGAGGCGAAGGCCUGGUGGGGGACGGGCCUGUGGACAUGCGUACCUCACACAGUGACAUGAAGCCUGAGAAGAGACCCCCCUCACCCGAUGUGAUCGUGCUGUCUGACAACGAGCAGCCAUCCAGCCCCAGGGUGAAUGGGCUGGCCAAGCUGGCCUUGGAAGAGACGGGCACUGAGGCCCUCCUGAAAAGCAGCCCAGAGGACCGGGAGCAGAUGAUCAAACAGCUGAAGGAAGAGCUGAGGUUAGAAGAGGCAAAGCUCGUCUUGUUGAAGAAGUUGAGGCAGAGUCAGAUCCAAAAGGAGGCCACCGCACAGAAGCCCGCAGGCUCUGCUGGGAGUGCCGUCACCACCCCUCCUCCGCUAGUGCGGGGCACCCAGAACAUUCCUGCCAGCAAGACAUCACUUCAGACCUCAGCGCGCAUGCCCAGCAGCGUCAUCCCACCACCCCUGGUCCGGGGUGGGCAGCAGGUGUCCUCCAAGCUGGGGCCACAGGCCAGUUCACAGGUCGUCAUGCCACCACUCGUCAGGGGGGCCCAGCAAAUCCACAACAUCAGACAGCAUUCCACCACUGGCCCCCCGCCCCUCCUCCUGGCCCCCCGGGCCUCUGUGCCCAGUGUGCAAAUUCAGGGACAGAGGAUCAUCCAGCAGGGACUCAUCCGUGUGGCCAAUGUCCCCAACACCAGCCUGCUCGUCAACAUCCCCCAGCCCACCGCAGCAUCACUGAAGGGAACAUCAGCCACAUCUGCUCAGGCCAACUCUACGCCCAGCAGCGUGGCGUCAGUGGUGGCCGCGGCUGAGUCUCCCGCCAGCCGCCAGGCAGCUGCCAAACUCGCACUUCGCAAGCAGCUGGAGAAGACUCUGCUGGAGAUCCCCCCACCCAAGCCCCCAGCCCCGGAGAUGACCUUCCUGCCCAGUGCCGCCAACAAUGAGUUCAUCUAUCUGGUGGGCCUGGAGGAGGUGGUCCACAAUCUGCUGGAGACCCAAGCAGGCCGGCUGUCAGUGGCCACAGCUGUGCUGUCCCGGGAGCCAUACACAUGCGCUCAGUGCAAGACGGACUUCACCUGCCGCUGGCGAGAGGAGAAGGGUGGGGCAGUCAUGUGCGAGACCUGCAUGACAUCCAAUCAGAAGAAGGCACUCAAGGUGGAACAUACCAGCCGUCUGAAGGCUGCUUUUGUCAAGGCUUUGCAGCAGGAACAGGAGAUUGAGCAGCGCCUGCUGCAGCAGGGGCCUGGCACGGGACCUCCCGCUGCCAAGGCUGAGCCCUCUGCCCCGCACCCUGUACUGAAGCAGGUGACAAAGCCCCGGCGGAAGCUGGCGUUCCGCUCAGGAGAGGCCCGAGGCUGGAGUAACGGGGCCGCGCUACAGACAUCCAGCCAGCUGGCCCGGGGUUCGGCCACAUCUCGUGGUGUUCUCCACACAUUCAGCCAAUCGCCCAAGCUGCAGAACACCGCCUCGCCCACAGCGCUAGUGAGCAGGACUGGCAGACAUUCCGAGAGGGGCUCCAGCCGUGGUGCUGCCUCCAACUGGAAAAAGACGCCCCUGAGCACAGGGGGGACCCUGGCCUUCGUCAGCCCCAGCCUGGCCGUGCACAAGACCUCGUCCACCGUGGACCGCCAGAGAGAAUACCUCCUUGACAUGAUCCCCCCGCGCUCCAUCCCCCAGUCGGCCACGUGGAAAUAGUGCAAGCCAGGCCCCGCGGGCGCCGCCUCCGGCACCCUGCACCGCCGCCCAGGGCAUCGGCGGUGGAUGAGGAUCAGAACUGACAGCCUCCCCGCGGGUCCCUUCCUUCCUCUUUGCCUUUAGUUCGCCCAGCACCAGCAGCAACAAGGCCUCUCUGGCCGGCUUGCCUGGUCCCGCGCUGGGUGAGGCUGGUGCCGUGUGGGACAAGUGGCGGCUCCUCUUCAUCCUGCUUCUCCUGGUUUAGGCUCUGCUGUUGGACAGCCUUCCUUCACGGCGAUCUCUGUAGGUUGGAGUUUUUUAUUUGAAUCACCACGAUGAUGGAAUUAAACAUGAACCACAGAGCCAGGUCCCUGUCGUGCACUGGGUGGGGCUGUACCAGGGUGGCCACUGCCAGAAGGAGACAUCACAGCUUGCACCGCCGCGGCGCCGGGUUCCUGUGGGGGGCGCUGCCAGCAGCCAGUGGGAAGCCGAGGAGGAUGCCAAGCGUGGGAUUGGGUGUGGCAGUUUAUUAAUUCUUCCUUUUUCCUACUCACUUCUACGGACACAAUCUCUAGCCCACCCACACAGGUGUCUGGGCCGACAGGACUCCUGGGCUGGGGUGCAGCAGGCCUUGCUUUAAACCUGGCCUCUCCUCCCAGUCCCCACAGCAUUCUGUUUGGGGUUCUUUUUUUAAAGGAUCAGGUCUGCUCUAGUUUUAUGUCCACUUCCUGCGCCAUCUCUACAACUCAGCCCCAUCAUGGGAGGCGGAAGCUGGUCCCCGUCUCCUGCAUGUGGCCGGGUGCCCCAGGCCUGGUCGCAGUUAGGGAUUUAAUUUAAAGCCUCCUCCCUCAAGUGCGACGGUCCUGCGCUGCCGCAGCGCCCCAAUAAAAGCCCAUGCUUCAUGCUCCGCUGUCCUGUCGGUCUCUCUGGAGCGUGGCGCCGGGGUGAGGGAUGAAGUGUGGGAACACACCGCACCUGCUCCCCACUGAGGUUGACUGUGUUCCUCUGCCAUGUGGGCGGGGCCUCCUUUCCAAAUGGGGUUUGGGGAAAGGAGGAAAAUCUUUUUUGGGGGACGGAAAGGGAGUUAACACCAAAAAACAAUGAAGAAUAUGCAAGUGUUUCUACUCCUCACAUUUUUCUGUGCCUGGCAAAUAAAUUCCUGUCUUUUACUA